AGUAACUCUGUUCCUGUUCUCUUUCUUUGGUAGUUUCAAACAUUGAAGCGAUCAGUACCUUCUUUUAAUCAAAUCUAUGUGUGGAGGCUGAGUGGACACGUACUUUAUAGACCCACUGGAAAGAAGUCGAGUCAGCUUCAAUGGAGUACAAGGACAUGGAUGAAAAUGAUAAAGACAUUCUUAAUUCCAGGUACAUGAAAGGAACACACACUUUUCCACACUUCCCAAUGCGGCCUCUUUCACUGACCAUGAAAACAAACAAAUUCACAGCCUAUCAAUAUGAUGAAUCAGCGAUUCCCUUCUCUAGACACGACGUCACUAGUGGAACCUUGGAAGGAUUCUCAACCAUCUCCGAAGGAGGGUCUCGGAAGAGGAAAAGCACGCCCACAAAAGUCAUCCAUGCCGUUCAGUCAGAAGAAUUGCCGAAAGAUGUCGAAGAAGAUAUCAAAGUGGAAUUGCCAUCACCGACACCCAUGAACCAAAUGAUAGAUUUGAGCAAUGUAGGAUUUCAGCUGUUCAGAAGUUUUGAUCCCCAUGACACAAUGUGCAUGAGGCAUGAGCCCAUUAAACACAACGUGAUGUGGCCCCCCAGCCCUCUGAUGAUGCAUCCGUCUCGACCGUACUUUGCCAAUGUCCCUCCAGAGUUCAUCCUCCCCUUUGUCAUGGCACCAUCAAGUCUGCAUCUGAGGUAUCCCUUUUACCAAAAUGCCCCUCUGAGAAACCUUAAUACUGGCCCCAGCACUCUGGAGGACAAGCAGACCGCAGUUGAGCGUGUUGACGUCAACAUUCAGAUCGAUGACAGCUAUUACGUUGAUGUGGGCGGCAGUCAGAAACGUUGGCAGUGCCGCAUAUGUGAGAAGUCAUACACGUCCAAAUACAACCUCGUGACGCAUAUUUUGGGACACAGUGGCAUCAAGCCGCACGCUUGUUCUCAGUGCAGGAAGCCCUUCAAGCAGUUGAGCCACCUCCACACUCACAUGCUGACCCAUCAGGGCACCAGGCCUCACAAAUGUCACAUUUGCCACAAAGCCUUCACUCAGACCAGCCACCUCAAGCGGCACAUGAUGCAGCACAGUGACGUGAAGCCGUAUAAUUGCAGCAUUUGUGGCAGGGGCUUUGCUUACCCGAGCGAGCUGAAAGCCCAUGAGACCAAGCAUGCCAAUGGCCGGGAUAACAUUUGCGUCGAAUGCGGACUUGACUUCCCCACCCUGGCGCAGUUAAAGAGGCAUCUCACAUCUCACCGAGGCCCAACACUCUACCGGUGUGACGAAUGUGACAAAACAUUUCAGUACCCGAGUCAGCUGCAAAAUCACACAAUGAAGCACAAAGACAUCCGUCCAUAUAUCUGCACUGAAUGUGGCAUGGAAUUCAUUCAAUCUCAUCACCUCAAACAGCAUUCCCUGACUCACAAGGGCGUGAAGGAGCAUAAAUGUGGGAUCUGUGGACGCGAGUUUACUUUGCUGGCAAACAUGAAGAGGCAUGUCCUUAUUCACACCAACAUCCGAGCCUAUCAGUGUCAUCUUUGCUUCAAGAGCUUUGUGCAGAAACAAACUUUGAAGGCACAUAUGAUCGUCCACUCUGACAUCAAACCCUUCAAAUGCAAGGUGUGUGGGAAAGAAUUUAAUCGGAUGCACAAUUUAAUGGGCCACAUGUAUCUACACUCAGACAGCAAGCCGUUUAAAUGCCUCUAUUGCCCCAGCAAAUUCACUCUGAAGGGAAACCUUACUCGCCACAUGAAGGUCAAACACGGCAUCAUGGAUGGAGGGCCCGACUCACAAAGCUUCAGGCGGCGAGGAGCCAUUGGAUUUGCGCCCAACAACCUGAGUAAUUAUGUGCAGGAAGAGCCCUUCGAUCUCUCCCAAAAGAGCCGAAUAAAAAGCGUGUCCCAGUCUGACGGUGAGAGUGCCAAAGGGAGUUCUUGUCCAGAAGAAGAUGAGGACAACUACUACACCAUAGGACAAUACAGUCCUGACGAGUAUUGCAGAGAAGUCAAAAUAUAUAUGCCAGAAGACUUAUCCCAGAAGACGGGAAGACUGAUCCCAGAUUUCGGAGACUCCGACAAUGAAGUGCUGACCAAAGGGAGAGUGAUAGAUGUGGAAGAUGAAGACUUGAUGGUCCAUGAUAACUUUAUGCAGAGUGGAAUUGAAUCUAACAAACACAACACGGCCGCCAUGAACUAUCUGUUUGACAUUGGUGGAAACUACGCUGACUUUUGCCUUGAUGGCAGGUGCAGUCCAAUGUGAAAUUUGUGGAUGGGAAAUAUUAAUUGCCACAAUAAUUUAGAAAUCUAAAAGACAAAGUAUUUGUAUGUGGAAGCUGAUUGAAAAUCAGAGGUAUGAGGUGCACGAUAGUUCUUGCUGUUUUAACUUUGGGUUAAAUAAUGCAGUAUAUAGAAUUGCUUUCUCUCUCAUGAUAGAGCUACUGUACAUUCACACAACUUGCACUUCUGUCAAAGGGCACCAGUGAUGCUGACAUUUCAAAUAAAAACAUUGGUUCUAUCCAUUUCUGAAAUCUUCGUUUAGUUUAGAGAUAACAGGCCCAUCGGGCCCACCGAGUCCG